AUGAAAGCCGUAGUAGUAGAUUUUGAACAUUCGGCGGCCUCGGAGCUGGCAUCGUCAGUUAGCCUCUUCACCAUUCUUAGCAUGACUACUAAGGUGGAAGACUCUGGCCAAGGUCGUCUGACAGGAGGAGCAAGUUGGGAUAAUGAAGACAAACCACUUCAGUAUGUUUCCACAAUCGGUGUCAAUCUGGAUUACUUGAGUAUGGUUGCCUAUGGUACAUCAUGCCUUGGCCAUAGCUCCCAAAACACAGUUCUGAUCUCAAGAAUCCUCAACAGCCUUAAGCACUCAUGGCCUCCUCAUCAGCGACCAUAG